GGUGACCAUGACAUCAGCUGAGUCCAUGCAGGCACCCGUAUGUCUGGUAGAAAACAGCAAUGGAGAGCUGAUAGUAAACCAGGAAGCCCUACGGAUUCUUACUUCCAUCACCAAGCCCGUGGUGGUGGUAGCUAUUGUUGGCCUAUAUCGUACUGGAAAAUCCUACCUGAUGAACAGACUAGUAGGAAAGAACAAAGGCUUCUCCCUGGGCUCCACCGUGCAGUCUCACACAAAGGGAAUCUGGAUGUGGUGUGUCCCUCACCCCAGGAGAUCUGACCAUACCUUAGUUCUGCUUGACACUGAGGGCCUUGGAGAUGUGGAAAAGGGUGACUCCAAGAAUGGCUCCUGGAUCUUUGCCCUGGCCAUCUUGCUCAGCAGCACUUUUGUCUACAAUAGUAUGAACACUAUCAACCACCAGGCCUUGGAACAGAUGCAAUAUCCUUUCAGAACUCCCUCACCAGGAAGAUGAUAAGCUAUCCACACUUUAGAAAGUCAAGAGGAAUCUC